GAGCGCCAGAACAAAGGGAAGUAGGGCCGCAGAGGAGACGAGAAAAUGGUGGUCACCAGGUCUUCAGGCCCUCCUGCAAAGAUCCAAGACCCGUCGGCUGAAGGUUCCCGCCAAAAGAAUUCUGCUACUAAAAGAAGCCAGGUGUGUCCAAAUGAUGGGGAGAAAUUGCAGUCUGAUGACCAAAAUGCUACUGAACCACAGACCCAAACCACUAAGAAACAAAGGCCACCCUCUAAAACUGCAAAGAAGAACAGAACUACGGAUUCAUUACUAGAAAAAACCAAACCACCCACUGAUGGAGAAAGCUCUGAAGCUGAGUCAGAAAGUUCUUCUGUGUCAGAACUGCAAGAUACCAUUUUAAGAGUAACUAGGAGAAGACAAAUUGUAGUUGCAUGCACUCCAGUGUCCAGUGUUAGGAAAAGAGUGAAGAAAAUGUCCAUAAGUGAAUCUAAUACUGAAGAAAUUGUCUCUGAAGCAGGAUCACAUUGUUCGGGUAUUUCCAGAAUUGUAACUCCCACAGUUAUAACAACAAGAACCAGAAGUGCUAAGGCUAGAUCCUUAAUAGUUCCAAACCAAGAAUCACAUGAGGAAGCUAUUUCUGAUGUUGAGUCAUCAUGCUCAGAUAUUUCUUCAUUUUCUGGGAUUGUAACUAGGAGGACAAUGAGAAGUAUGCCUGGGAAAUUACAGGCACAGAUUAGGGAGAAAGAUGCUAAAGUUGUACUAGGAUAUGAAAGGCAAAUAGAAGCAACACCACCUGUGAAUACAGAGGCUUUAGAUGCCAGGAAAAAAUUAACAGUGCUAAAAUGUCAACAUUUUGACAGAGAGGAAAAGACUAAUGAUGCAUCUGUCAAAGAAAUGAAGAAUUCUAAGACUUCAGGUGAUGAAACCAAAGAAAUAAUAAAUGAGGGAGAAGAAAUUAUUGAGAAGAGUAAUCAGUUGAGUCUUUCUUCACCACAGGACACUAGACUUUAUCAGGUAGCAUCUCAAAAACAUUCAACCCCCCAAAAUAAAACCACACUGGAGUCCUCAAAUUCAGGCUGUGGAGCAAUAAUGAAGUCAUUAUCUCAAACAUUUGCAGUUGUAAAAGUGAACAGAUGUGAUAGAAUAAAGGGCUCUACAAAAACAAGUGACUUCAAAGAAUUCAGUGAUGGCAGUGAUGAAGAGUACACAGUGAUGGGUGUCGAUAUAAAUGAAGAAAAAGAUACUGGAUUUGAGUGUGCUAACAGACUCUACAAUUCUGAGCUCAACACAUCUCAGGAUAAAGGUGAUUCUGUUUUGUUAGUUCUCAGCAGUGAUGAAAGUCAGCAGUCUGAAAACAGUGAGAAUGAAGAAGAUACUGUGUGUUUUAUUGAAAACUGUCGAAAGGAGUCAUUAAAAGGAGAAAAUAAGUUAGGUGACAAUGCCUUGUUUGUAAUUGACACAACUCCUGGCUUGAGUGCUGAUAAAAAUUUUUAUUUGGAUGAGGAAGAUAAAGCAAAUGAGAUUGCCAUUGAGGAAGGAAAAGAGGAAGAGGGUGAAAGUGGAGAAGAAUCAGCAAGCAGUGACAAACACAGAGAUAGUGAACUUAGUGAUGAAGACGACAUGCUAAAUAGCACAAAGUCGAAACUUCUGAAGUUGACAAGCAGCAGCAUAGACCCUGGUCUGAGUAUCAAGCAGUUGGGUGGUUUGUACAUUAAUUUCAGCACAGACAAACUACAAUCAAAUAAGAGAACUCUAACACAAAUCAAAGAAAAAAAGAAAAAUGAGUUUCUGCAAAAAGCCAUCAUUACACCUGAUUUUGAAAAAAACUACUGUGUCCCACCAUAUCGUGAAUCAAAGUAUCAACUUCAGAAAAAACGAAGAAAAGAGCGGCAAAAAACAGCAGGUGAUGGCUGGUUUGGUAUGAAAGCUCCAGAAUUGAGUGAUGAACUGAAAAAUGAUCUGAAAGCAUUGAAGAUGAGAGCCAGCAUGGACCCAAAAAGAUUUUACAAGAAGAAUGAUAGAGAUGGCUUCCCCAAAUACUUCCAGGUGGGAACCAUUGUUGACAAUCCAGCUGACUUCUACCAUUCACGAAUUCCCAAGAAAGAAAGGAAAAGAAAUAUUGUGGAAGAACUGCUGGCAGAUUCAGAGUUUAGAAGGUAUAACAGGAGGAAAUACGCAGAGAUCAUGGCUGAAAAGGCAGCAAAUGCAGCAGGAAAGAAGUUUCGGAAGAAGAAGAAAUUUCGCAAUUAAGAUUCAAGCUAAUCAUAGUGUUUUAUAUUUCUCCCUUAUUUAUUUACUAGAUGUGUUUUGAAAACUUAACACACCAUCACAUAAUUAACCCUGCUUAUAUAGGUAUAUUAUUUGGGAAAAGGUGAUUUGAAAGAGAAUCAUGUGACUUUUGUAAUAGAUUUAUCUACAAAAGACCCAUCCAUGCUUAAAUUCUUAAAAAAAAAAAAAAAAAGAGCGAGAGAGAGAGAGAGAGCGCCUCAACCAUUUUAAAAUAAAAGUUUUUGUAUGGCUUCCAGUACUUGGUCACCUAACGCAAAAAUUGAGUUAAAAAGUGUUUAAGUUGCUAACAUAUUAAAAAAUAUCAUCAAAGACUUGUAAAUAAUCUUGUAAUUAAUAUAUAGGGAUGUAUAUAACGAAGGGAUAUGGCCAUUGGUCAGCUGCAAAUUCCAAUCUAGGAAAUUGGUGAUGUUGGGAUACAGAUUGGGCUUGGCACCAGUAUAAAACCAUAGUUGAUGCCUAAGUUUCACGUCCCAGGUCAUUCCCCAGCAUUACCAUUUCUCAUUAAAACAAACAUAUAUAUAUAUAUAUAUAUAUAUAUAUAUGCAGCAGCAUUUCUUGAUAGAUUUUUUUUUUUCUUUCAGACUUUUUUUUAACCAAAGCACUGUUCAGCUUGUUUAUGGUAAUGCUGGGAUUGAACCUAGGACUUAAGAGCCUCAGGCAUGAAAGUAUGCUGGCUCCCUGGCCCAUUGAUGUGUACAUUCUUAAUUCUCUUGACUGCUUAUUUUUCCUUUAAAUUUAGUAUACCUCUGUAGCACUUAAGUGCUAGGCCCCAUUCUAAAGAAUUAUAAAUAGGGGUCAGGUGGUGCCUCACCCAAUAGAGUGCACAAGGACCUAGGUUCAAGCCCCCCAGCCCCCAACUUUGGGGGGAAGCUUUGCAAAUGGUGAAGGAUGCUAUAGGUGUCUCUCACCACACUCAAUAUAUCUAUCCAAAAGUAAAAUAUUUAAAAGAAUUACAAAUACACUAUUUUUAAGGAACUGAUAUAUGUAUAUUAGUAGUAAAUAGAAAAAUGGAAAUCUCUCCAAUUAUUCCUCUUCCCAACUACUUCCCUACUUUCAGCCACACUCCUGAGCAUGGGAUACUAGACCUUCACGACAUGGUCCCUACUAUAAUCACUAUUUAGAUAUGUCUAGUUUAUGGACCUAAGAGGAAAAACUGCUUGAGCCUCCUGUCAAGUCUUUGUCUUUCUCUUCUGUCUCUCUUGGCCUAAUGUGUGAAUGUUCUCAAUUUUCUUGAAUAAAGUUUAAAAUUUCUGGGGAAAAAAA